AUGGACACGAAAGGACAUCGCUGUUCCCUGCCAGGAACACUCCGGCAUGGUGAAUCGGACACGCACCUGCCACCCAUCCUGCCCGGGACCUCGCUAACUGGCCGGCUUCUUCGUCACAUCCGUGCGUUACUGCUUGUUUCACCACGGCAUCCGGAAACCCGCAACUACUACCGCAGUCGGACGGAAAUUCGAGCCGAAAAUGCGCGACUCGUGCGUGAACUGCCACCGUUUAUUAUACACCCAUUCAGCAGCCUGCGUCGGUGUUGGGAGAUGAUGAUCUACUUCGUGCUAACAGUGCACCUGGUGACGCUCGCAUUUGCGUUCGCUUUUGCGCCUCAUCUCUCCCGUGAGGUCCUUAACCGGUUGCAGCUCUUCGAUACCGUCCUGUGCGCUCUGUUGGGUAUGGAAUUCGCACUCAACCUUGUUACGGGGUACGUACAUCAGGGUGAAGUCGUGCUAGACCCACGUCGAAUCGUACGCUAUCGGUUACGUUGUUGGAAUCUCGCCAAUCGGAUGCUCCUGUUCGUACCGUACGUACUGCUGCUGGAUGAGCUGGUGCGAGCCUUCUACCAGGACUCGGUGCUGGCGUACCUCUGUCUCGUGGUGUACCUGUACUUGCUGUGUGUGUGGCGCUUCCGGAAUGUCCGCUGGUACUUCGCAACUGUCGCCCGUAGCCUGUUCCGGUUGAGUGUGAAACAGAUCCGCUUUCUCGAACCCAUCAUGGACACGCUGUACGUGCUGCACUGGACCGCUUGUGUGCUGUAUGUGCUUCCGUUGCUCUCGAUGCCACUGAUCGGUGAAGGCCAAUUCGAGUCACACUUUCUGGUGGAUGUCCUGUGGGCUCAGGAUCAAGCUCGCAAUGAUCAUCUCUACCCCAUUCAGCAUCGCUCACGACUACCUCCCGUCGCUGAUUAUCGGGCGUACUUCCGGCAGCGUCAUUCAGCGUCACCUUCAACGGAACUGACGCAAUUCGUGGAGGCACGCCUAACCGACGUGGAACACCGGGUGAGUGUUACGUAUCGCUAUCUGCGUGCCACGAUGAUCACGCUCAAGGUAAGCCUGCAAGGUGGUCAUUCGCUUUCGUUGACGGAUUACUUCAUGCACGAGUGGCUGUACUCUCUGCUGCUGCUUGGAGGCUGGAUUUGGUUCACAUACGUUCUGCUGCUGCUGAUCCGCACGCUGGUGACGGCCGAUGCCAGCCGCACGCGGUAUGACGAGAUCCUGAACGAGGCUGAUGCUUUCUGCCGAGAACGCCGGCUUCGUCCUGCCAUGCGCGAGAAGAUGAGUCGCCAGAUUGCGUGUCGGUUUCGGUUGCGUUAUUUCGAUGAAGCUCCUAUUCGAGCGCACGCUUCCGAUCACCUGUACCGAAGCUUCCUCACGGAGGUCGUCUGCAAGGCGUUUCUGGCUCGAGCUGAGUUGUUCCGCGAACUUCCGACGUACCUGAUGGUGGAGAUUGCCGAUCUGAUGCAGUUCGAGCUGUAUCAGGAGCAGGAUCGUAUCGUGAUUGCAGGUGAAGCUGCUCAGGCGAUGUACUUCUUGGCCAUGGGGACAGCCGCUGUCUACACGGCUGAGGACGUCGAAAUUGGUCACCUGGUGGAUGGGGCGAACUUUGGUGCGGUGGCGUUGUUUCGGACCGACAUUCUGCACCCGGUUACAGUGGUGUCCUUAGAGGUGUGUGAGGUUUAUCGCCUCGUGUGGGGCAAUUUUCAGCAAUUAUUCAAACCACACGGAUUUCUGCUCGCACCGAUGGUGAAGCAAGCGGAAAAACGCAUCCUUGAGAGGGUCCUACUCGAAGAGGAACAUCCCGAGGAGCGCUAUUUCGAUCCGUUCUUCUAUUAG